UUCAUACACCCAGCCCGACCCGGCUUCUCUCCGUGAUUUAUUAUUUAUUAUUAUAUCAAUCAGAAAGAAGAAAAAAUACUCAGAAAAAGGAGUAAAGCAAAUAAACGGGAAAAUGUCAAGAACGUCAAUGGUAGGAGAUUCAAGCUCCUGGUCCACCGCUCUCGUCAAGAUUUCACCUUACACUUUCUCCGCCAUCGGUAUCGCAAUCGCCAUCGGUGUCUCCGUCCUCGGCGCUGCAUGGGGAAUAUACACAACUGGGAGUAGUUUAAUCGGUGCUGCUAUUAAAGCUCCUCGAAUCACUUCCAAGAAUCUAAUUAGUGUAAUCUUUUGUGAAGCUGUUGCUAUAUAUGGUGUAAUUGUUGCAAUUAUUUUACAAACAAAGUUAGAGAGUGUUCCAUCAUCACAGAUAUAUGCGCCUGAGUCUCUUAGAGCAGGAUAUGCAAUCUUUGCUUCGGGAAUUAUUGUUGGCUUUGCAAAUCUUGUUUGCGGAUUAUGCGUAGGAAUAAUUGGAAGCAGCUGUGCACUGUCUGAUGCACAGAACUCGUCACUUUUUGUGAAGAUUCUUGUGAUUGAGAUUUUUGGCAGUGCACUUGGAUUAUUUGGAGUGAUUGUAGGUAUAAUCAUGUCAGCUCAAGCAACAUGGCCUGCAAAGUCAGUGUAAUUUUCCGCUCUUAGUUACAACUUAGCUCUGUGAGACUGCAAUCUGUUGAAUGUAUUAGUUACUGAAAAUGGCGCCUACA